AUGUCGCACAUCGAUCAAAAAGUCAACAUUGAAUUUGUCGAGGAUGUCGAGACUUCGACUGAAGACGGCAAGAGGGUUGGAGGCAAAGAUGGUGGCCUUCUUGUCGAUGCGUCUGGGGAUAUUCUGCGGUUACCCGUUCCUAGUGCUGAUCCCAAUGAUCCAUUGAAUUUCACCAAGUGGGAGAAGAUGGGUGUGAUUGUCAGCUGCUGUUGGUUUUCCAUCAUGUCACUGUCCGUUGUUGGUGGAUUGGGAGCUAUCUUGGGUGUAUUUUUCCAAAUUUACAUACCUCAGGGUCACACUUCGACCGAGGUGGUUUGGCUAGGAACCUUUCCGUCAUUGUUCGUCGGCGUGGGUAAUUACUUGAUUCUUCCACUUGGCCUUGUAUAUGGCCGUCGACCGGCCGCCAUCAUCUCUAUCGUUGUACUUCUUGUUGCUACGGUGGGAUGCGCGGUAUCCCAAACAUUCGAGCAGCACCUUGGACUUCGUAUCCUUCAAGGAUUAGCUACCGGAGCAACUGAAUCGCUGCUUCCAUUAAUGCUCUCGGAAGUUACCUUCGUCCACCAACGCGGUCUCAUUUUUGGUGCCUAUUGGGCAACACAAAAUGUGGUUACCAGUGCUCUGAAUCUAGCCAGCUCCUAUGAAGCAGCUGCGCUAGGCUGGCGCUGGUUCUACUGGGUCUAUGUGAUUGCUGUUGGUGUUGGUCUUUUCAUCGUCAUCUUCACCUGCUUUGAGACAAAGUAUCAGCGUCGUGCGCAGAUGUUGAAUGGCCAUGUCGUUGUGACGGAUCAAUUUGGUCAUACACAGGUGCUUUCUGGAGAGCAGGCACAGGCUUAUAUACAGGCGCAACAAGAUGGUGACGAGGGGAUUCCCGACGAGACGAGGGUGAAGAAGACAUAUCGCGAGAUGCUGAGGCCUUGGGGUAAGCCCUCGGAGCACCCAAUCCGUCUGGUUCUGACAUCUUGGUUUCAUAUGUUCGAGGCGUUCAGUUCUCCUGGUAUUUUGUAUGCCACGCUUUUGUCUUCGGUUGUGCUCGGAUCUUCGAUUGGGAUGUCUCUCACUUAUGACGCAGUUCUUCAAAGCUACGGCUGGCCUGCUCAGAAUGUCGGCUUGAUCAAUCUGGGUGGUGUCUUCGGUGGGUUUGGGGGCAUGUUAUACGCUGGUGUGUUCGGUGACUGGUUUAUCUUGCGUAUGGCGAAGAGGUCUGGCGGUGUUCACACCCCUGAACAUCGAUUGAUUCUGCUCAUCUUCCCUGGUAUUCUCACCGUGGUCUCUCUUAUUCUCUAUGGUCUUACUACAGAGGGGUCGACCUGGGGUGGGCCAUAUAUGGGAUGGACGUUGCUCCAGGUGGCGUUUGUCUCGGUGCUCAUUCUCUCGACCUCCUUCGCAGCAGAGGCGUGGGAGAAGAACCCCGGCCCAGCACUGGUUGCUGUAGUUGGAACGAAGAACAUCAUUUCUUUUGGCAUCAGCUACGGGUUGAAUCCGAUGAUAGAGAAGUAUAGCUAUGCAGCUGCGAUGGGCAUUCUGGCCGGUGUCUGUGGGGGUGUUUUCCUCCUCGGUAUCCCGGUGUACUUUUUCAAUCCUGCGUGGCGCCGUUAUAUGCAACGCCGGGAGUCGAAACAGUCACGGUAG